CUGUCUUCGUCUCUUUAGUCGGUUUUAAAAGUGGAUGAUCCGGGAGAGGCUUAACUACGCAUGCCAGCGUCUAUCAUUUCUUUUAAUGAUCUUUUCAGACGAUUCUUACUGUUACAAGGCAUACUUCAAUUGUAAACAAAGUUUUUUGUUUCCUCUUUGUGACGUCAUGCUUUGUAUUCGCUGGCUCCCUGGUGAUGCCUGAUUGAAACCAGAUAUCGCCUCAGUAGCGCGAAAGUUCAGAAACCAAAACACGAGAAAUACUAGGUCAAUCGAGUGCGCUUUUGUUCUUAAAAUUCCCCAUAAUGUUAAAGAAAGGAAGCAGUGAUGCAUCUGGUAAGGCCAAAAAAUCUACGAGCAGCUUCGAUGCUUCGAACGGUGUCAAAAAUGCUGGUAAUGAUGCCAUCUCGAAUGUACGGAUAAGUCAGAGCGAGAGUACGGUCAGUGCGCGAAAAAAGAGGGAUACAUUCAGUUACUUCAUCUACGAAAAGGCUGGGGAGAUUUAUCGACAUCUUAAGGGUCAAAUUCCUUCUUCACAGCUUCCAACAUUUGAUGAGGAUCUGGAGCGAAGGCGAGCGUACAGCUUGGCUUUCGGCGCAAAGCGAUAUGAGACAGUUUUAGAUGAUGUGUUGUUGGAUAGUUACUUUUUUUCAAGUUAUUUCAAGCUAGAGGCUUAUCACAAACAUCGCGUUAUGGUGAUGUUACUGGACUACCAACAAAAUGGCUUUUACUUUGGCAAUGAACGCUUCAGACAGAGAAAAGUUGAGAUACAAAAUAAGGAGACCUCUUUUCCUCAAAUCCUGGAGAUCCAACGAGCCUUGGUGUCACAUCGAACAAAACUUAGAGCAGCCCUUGCUCGGAGCAGAAUUAGAGACUGUGCAAUAAGUGUUGAGGCCUUACUUCCAAAAGAAGAACAAGACAAACUGCAAUAUGCAGCACAACAGCCUGUGUAUGCAAGAGUAAAUACAUGGAAAGCUAGCUAUAGUGAUAUUCUGGAGACUUUAACAACUGAGGGUUUUUUGAUGGAAGACAACUUGCCGUCAGCAGAGGAUGAUGAUAAUCCACCUGGUGUACGCUGUUUUAUGAAGGAUCAGCAUUUUGAGAAUUUGCUUGUGUUUCCACCAGCUGUCAAGUUUAAUCUUUAUGAGAGUGACCUCGUAUUAGAGGGCAAGUUGGCAAUUCAGGACAAGUCAACUGUAGUAGCUGCAGAAGUUGUCAAUUCUAUGGUGUUGGAGUUUGCCUCACAGAAAGAGAAAGCUGUCCAGCUUAUUCCAGGGACUGAUGUUCAGACAAUUUUAGGCGAAGGAGAUGACGUCAUUCAAACUCAUGCAGAGUCUGGGAACCUGACAGCCCACCUGUCUUCGCUAAUCCAUCCUGAUAGAAAGAUAUUUGCGUUUAGUGUUGCCAGUGACAGUCAUACGCAGAUUGAGGAUAAACUCGAAAGAAUGGCGGCCAGAAAUGUCAGCUUGCUAGAGGAAAGCUUUCUAGAUGCUCUUCCGACCGAUGAGCGCUUUAAGAAAGUUAGAAUCAUCGUAGUCAAUGUGCCUUGCUCCAAGUCAGGGAUUGUCAACCCGGUAGAUUUCGUCCUUCAAGAGGGUGUUACCUCGUCUAUCAAAGAGCUUGCGCGCGGUAACGUGGACACCAGCAAAGUGAAGGGACUCGCUUUCCAGCACUUGAGUUUUCUAAGACAUGCUAUGAAGUUCCCACAAGUACAGGCCAUAAUUUACAUCACGCGCUCGACGCAGAACGUAGAAAACAUGGAUGUGGUUAAGAAGGCUAUGGAAAUGAACCAAGAGGAGCGAAGCAAAUCGACGAGUUAUUUUGAACUGACGCCAGUUUUGCCAAAAGUUGCCCAGAAUUUAAAGGAGGCAGCCAGGAUUUCUAACGGCCUCCUUCAAACCGAGAUUACUUUAACACACAAAGAACCAGAGACCAGAUACUUGAGUCUAGAGCCUUCGGCUGCGAUGAAUGGAGGAUUCGUUGCACUUCUUAAAAGACAGAAACCAGUAGAGACGGCACAAGAAGUUCUCGAGAGAGCAGCAAAGAAAGGCUUAAUGAAACCUAAAGGUAAACCCGCAAGAAUAAACAGCCCCAGGGAAAAACCCAAACCUCGGGCCCAGGCGGAUAUGACGCGACUUCGUAUCAAGGACGCUGCCGUCGGAAACUUAUCGGAUAAUGAGGAAGAUCGGAACUCGUUGAAGGUCUCCAACACUCCGAGGAAGCCUCGAAGUUGGCACGGAUCAGCCGAAAAUUUGUCGAAGUCUAACACGAAAGAUGCCGUUUCCUCGAUUCCGUCGCCUUCUCAAGGCGCAGUGAAAAAGAAGGGAAAACAACCAAAACCAUUUAUGUUUUAGAUAUUUUUGUACCUGAAGUAAAAAAUUGGCGAAUAGUUGAAUAAACUGGUUAUAUGUUGAGAAUUUUAACAACCAACUCGUUAGGA